UAGCUCGUAAAGCCGUAACGAUGACCACGAAGGAGAAGCCGGAUCUCUCUAUCACCGUAACGUCGUUUUAUAUGAAACUCACCGGUUUUUGGCUGACGUCCAGCCGCAGCGAGGAGCGAAAAAUGAAAUUCGCGAUAAUGUACGCGAUCUUCACGCUCAUCAUAGGGAUUUUAGUCGAAGGGAGGGACUUCUAUUUUACCUGGGGUGAUCGCAGCUAUGGCAUGUAUCUCGCGUGCAACAUGUUAACCGUAAUCGUAAUCCUAAUCAAGGUCCUCAUCUCGUGCACACGUAAAGCGAAACUACUCAGUUUGAUUCAAUACGCGCAGACAAAUUUCUGGCACUCUAAUUAUGAUCCAUACGAGCAAAGUAUCGUCGACAACUGCAAACAUACCUGUGUACUUCUCGUUUGUGUCUUCAAUUUCUUCGCUCAGGGGACCAUCGUCUGUUACGUAGUUACACCGAUCGUCGCGAAUAUUGGAAAAAAUGAAUCGGAGCGCGUACUUCCGUUUCAUAUGCCAGUGUCCGACCUGCCACUGUCAAUGACACCUUAUUUCGAAGUAGCGUUUGCGGUACAGGUAGCUAUUUUGUAUCAGCUGGGCGUGAUGUACAUUUGCUUUGAUAAUUUCUUAUGCAUCAUAAACCUGCACACCGCUAGCCAGUUUCGUAUACUGCAAUACAGACUGAAGAACACGGGGAUGAUCAAUCGUGAAGAGAAAUACAAAAUCUCCGAAAAGAAACCGAACAGUACAGACAUUUAUUCAUUGUUCAAGAACACAAUUCAACAACAUCAAGCGCUGAUAAAUUAUUGUAGACUGCUCGAAGAAGUAUUCAGUCCGAUGGUCCUUGGCCAGGUGUUGCUCUUCAGCUUAUUGAUAUGUCUGGACGGAUACUUAAUAGUCAUGGAAGACGCACCCGGAUCAAGGCGUUUAGUGUUCGGAUUUCAUAUAUCGGGUUGCUUUUGUCAAUUGCUGAUGUUCACGUACAGUUGUGACUGUUUGAUACAAGAAAGUACGAAAGUGGCUCACGCCGGGUACGGAAGCUUUUGGCCUCUGUUACCGUUAGACCACAAUGGGAGAAUGAUUCGAAAAGAUUUACUAUUCAUCAUUAUGAGAGCUAAAGUACCUUGUUGUCUGACUGCCAGCGGAUUCGCCGUUGUCUCGUUGGAAACGUACGCCGGGAUUUUAAGUACGGCGGUGUCGUAUUUUACACUGUUAAGGAAUCAGUCGACGUUCGUCAUGCGUGCCGCGCGGAAUAAAGAUAUCUCGAUAGCGUGGACUAGCUUUUUACUGAAAAUUGCAGGUCUGUGGCUUGCGGAUAACGAGGACGAAAAACGUCACCGAAAGUUCGCACUGAUGUAUACGAUCAACACGAUUUUGAUUGGCACACUCAUCGCAUUCAGAGAUAUUUAUUUUUCCUGGGGGAAUUUUAGCGAUUGCGUUUAUAUCGCAUGCAACAUAUCUUACCUGGCGAUCGAUCUAUUUAAAAUCUCUGUUCUGUACGCGCACAGGAGGGAGUUUUACGAUUUAAUUAGAUUCAUGCAAAAGACCUUUUGGAAUGCGAAGUACAAUACCGAUGAGAAGUUAAUCUUAAAUGAUGGCAAAAGGCUAUGCGUUAUUUUCACCAUUAUUGUUACUUUUUGUACUCAAGGCACCUGCACCGGUUACAUGGUAACACCACUUAUAGCGAAUAUUGGAAGGAAUGAAUCAGAAAGAAUGUUACCGUUUAAUAUGUGGGUUGAUUUUCCUACAUCAAUGUCGCCUUAUUUCGAAAUUCUGUUUACUGUACAGGUCAGGAAUAACAUCCUUUGCGUCUAUCACGUCGGUAUGUGCUCCAUGUGCUUUGAUAGUGUUUUAUGCAUUGCGAAUCUCCACGCGGUUAUUCAAUUUCGCAUACUGCGACACAGACUGAUCAACUUGACAUCCGACGUCGCGAAAGACGCAGAUUUGGAAUCGAGCGAUUACAUGAACGCGGUUAACGAUAAAUUGAAACAAUAUGUAAGACGUCAUCAAAUCAUCACUGAAUUCUGCAAGGAGUUAGAGAAUAUAUUUUCUUUGAUAGUACUUGGUCAAGUGCUCUUCAUUUCUCUGGUAUUAUGCCUCGUUGGGUAUCAGUUAUUUUUGAUGGAAACACCACCCGCGAGGCAUGUUAGUUUAAUGUUGAACAUGGUCGUUCUCCUCUGCCAGUUAUACAUGCUUACUUAUAGUUGCGAUCUACUAAUGAGACAGAGUAUGGACGUUGCUAAUGCAGUAUAUUCUACUCAGUGGCAAUCGAUGCCUAUGAGCAUAGUUGGCAAGAAUUUGCGACGCAACGUAAAGAUGAUCAUAUUGAGAUCUAAUAAACCUUGCUGUUUAACGACCAGUGGAUUUUCUAUUGUUUCUUUAGAAACUUACACGUCGGUUCUCAGCACAGCAAUGUCGUGCUUUACUCUGUUAAGGGAAUCAUCCGCAGAAUUGUGAAGGAACCUAUUCGUAUCGACAAUCCACAUUGCAUAUAUAAAUAUGAACGAAGUCCUACUGCUAAUAGUACUAAAUAUACAAGUACAAAUAAGGAUAAAGAAAAAGUAAACAGUAUUGUGAAGAAUCGAGACGCUAUCUUUUAUAAAUAAU